CCUGCUGUCUUGUACCACGCUAUCCGCCCGUUACCGACCCGGCCUCCAUCCAUCCGACCCGCACGGAUUAGCUGCUAUUCUCCAGACCUGUCUGCCUCUUCACACCAGGCUCUCCACCUUUCAUUACCUCUGGUGAUUCCUCUACCUCAGGUGGGUGUACUUAGAGGCCGCGACCUGGUCACUGUCCGCUCCAAGCCCAUCCCCACCAUCAGGGGCUCUGGUGAACAAGCGGACUGGGGCUUAGACUCCGUGCCCUGGGGAAUCCUGUCCUGUGGACUGCUAGAGUACACCAGGUGGUCCAUA